GCAUGUUGAAACCGAGGCGGACAUGGAAAAACGACCGAUCACACGGCAUCCAUGACGUGUUUGGAAUGCCGCGACGUGCCCUGCCUGGAUCGACUCGUCUCGGCGCACGGACGUCUCGGCACAGGAAUGUGGGCGACGUUUGGUGUCGUUGCCGUCGUGUUUUUCGUGAGGGAGCGCGCGUGGCGGUGUCGGCCGUCGACGGUGGAUGCGACUCACUCGAUGGAGGUACUAGCUACGUGGAUGGCGCUGCACCAACAUCGCCGCCGCCGUCAUGUUUACCACGAUGUCGAGCGCAUGCUCGUGCAACUUGCGCAUUCCUUGGACUGGAUCGUGUUCUCUGCAGCUCCUCUCCAAUGCCUCGCCAUGAAAGCGUCUCAAGGGCUGGUGCUCUGGCGCACGUUCCCCUCGCCUGUCCAGAGCGGCCUUGUAUGUGUUACUGGUGCAGGCUUCGUUCUGCUGCUCUCGACCGUCGGGUGCACGACGCACGUGCGCAACGUCAAGCGCCAUGUGCUCUUGCCGCUGUGCUGCGAAGCUCUGUUUGCUGUCCAGGUCGCAGGGUUCGCAUUUGCUGCGAUGUGUCCAACCGAAGUAUGUGCGGUUGCGUCCUCGCUGGCCAUGCGGACGCCGCACACGUGCACUGCCUUGGAGGACGGGGCAAUCGCCAUCGGGGGCAACCUUGGCAUGGCCCUACUCUUCUAUCGGACUCUUUAUUACAAGUGGCAUCGUCACGACGAUCCGCGAGCCGUUGGCUUUUGCCUUGUGCCGUUCACGGCAGCGCUCAAUGGGGUUGUUCGAACCGGCGCCGUCCUUCUCCACGGUCUCGUGGCCUGGGAGACGCUCGAGGCAUUCGAGGACGAUUGUCGGGUCGCGACUGCUUCAGCAGCUACGCUGUAUGCCCUGGUCAUGAUAGGGCUAUGGAGGCAUCACUACCAGUUCCAGCCCUUCCGCGGCGAUGGCUACGCCGCCAACAAUCUCUACGCUGCGAUGUUUGCGUCCGCCGCGUACUUGUCCGUGGUUGUCGCUGUGGCGCAUGGCCCGGGCUUCGACGUAUUCCAGACGAAUUCUACGGUCGCCUGGAUAGCUGCUGCUGCGCUGUACCCGGGCAUCGUCGUUGCGGCCUAUCUUUUCAAUGCCCACGUAGCUAGGGAUGUUGCGGUGCCUGUACGGUCCGUGUUGGGCGCGCUGGAUGCCGCAAGCCUUCGCGUCAAGACGGUGGCAGCUCUGUGCUUGGCGCAGGACAACUACGACCUCUCCGCGUGGACAAACGAGUCCCUUGUAGCCAUCUUGGACAAGCUAGAAUACGUCGAGACAGUGCCCGUGGAAGCCUUUGACGGGCGCGCCAUGGCGUAUGCGUUGACAGCGACGUGGACGGUCGCUCGGUACGCUUGGCACUUGACGCCCCUUGCAGUGGACGAGGACUCGCCAGAUGAAACCUUCGUGCCGCGGCACAUGUGGGUGAAGCUGGCGCCGUCGACGUGCUUUGAUAUCUUGCAUGAGAACGUCCCUGCGACAGCGAGUGCGCAAGCUCGCCUGCGGAUCGUGCACGCCAGCGCCGUCGCGAUGAUCGAGGUGCCGCAUGCGACAGCCCAGUUCAUGGUCGCACGGACGCUGCAGGAAAUGUUUGCUUCGGGCAUUGGCCGCCUGGAUCUGGCAACUUUGGUCCGCGUCGUGUGUGUCUUGUGUGGCGCGGUCGAGUCGCCGCCGGCCCUGGCGUCGUCGGCAGGCCUGACGCUGCAACGACUUUGUGCAGUGUACUCCGCUGCCGACGACAUCGUCCCCGUUGUCGUGGCCGAUGAAGCAAACGUGGAGCACCUGUUGCGAUUCCUACAACGGCCAAGGGGCGCCCCCCUUCUUCGGGGUCAUGUCCAGUCGGCCGAGGUCGUGACGCAUCUCCUACGCCUCGCAGCCAGGCACAUCCAAGAUGCCGCUCUGAAUCCGUCCGACUCCAUGCCAGAGUCCUCUUCGACCUUGUUCCAAGCAGCAUGGUCGAACUGGCACGACCAGUACUUUGUCAGUACAGCGCUCGAAGAAACGAGUCUGGCCCUUCAUCGCGCUGGCGAGAAUUUUACGGCGCUCCAUGCCGCACGCCUUGCCAUGACCAAAACCAACAGAGUCACGCCGCCUGCACCCGCUCCUCGCCCGCCAAAGUGGGCGAGCUUGAGACGGCCAGCGGCAGUCCGACCAACCGACGGCUCGAAAUAUCUCUCGAGAGAGAUGUGGCAAGUCGUACUGAUGCGCCAGUCCGUGCGCGACGAGUUUGCCGGCGCUGUCCAAGGCCUCCUCCACGAAGGCUUUGCAGGCCACGUGGGUCCUGGCGACUUGAACGGUCGCGGUCAACGGCUCUUGCAAAAGGUUCUUGGUAUGAUAAACACGUCGCCGACGCUCGUCCUCGGCCACCUCCAUGACUCGUUCCCAAGUGUCGAGGUCGCGUACGUCCGGCAUCUUCAACUUCUCGCGCAUUUGCAAGGCCAUGACGACGAAGCGACGCCAAUUUGAUCGACAUCCCGGCAGGCAGCGCAGUCCUCGAAAUAUUCGAACACGACUGACAGAACGCACAAAGUCAUGGCACUUGGCUCGAGAUGCUCACAUGCUGGGACGUCGCAACCCGGCAACGUCGACGUCUCGUCUGCCGCAGCGCAGGUUCAACGUCGGUCGAGGUGGAGCAACUGUGCCGCGAACGUAAACAAGCGUCAUGGCGUCCGCACUGCCGAGCCGACAUCCGCCUCGACGGCCAAGGCUCGACUGCGUGCCAAGACAAUCCUCGUCGACAACGGGACCAGUGUAGCAUGGCACCCAACCGGCGGCACCAGUCCACCGAGUCCCGCAAUUGCCUCGGUCAGUCGGUCGGGUGCACGGACCGCUCUUCUCCGCUGCUACGACCCAGCCCUGCACUUGGAAUUGCCGGCAUGCCCGGUCGUCCUCCUGCCUACUGUCAUGUGAGCUGCACAUUUUGCGUCGAACGGAGGGCCGGUUGGACUCGUUCGACGGCGUCGGAACGGUCUACAAUCGAGAAUUCCAAGCGAAGUGGCUCCAAUUGUCCUCAUGGCGAGGGGCGGCGCGCUCAAAGCCCGGUUGCCCGACGAUGGAUGCCACGGCAGGUGCACCCUGCGGUCGACACCAGCCAUAUCCCACUUCCACCAGAUGCUCUUGGCUGGCAUGCAGCGGCAUCCCAACUCGAGUGAGACAACGCGUGUGCUGCAUAGUGACCGAGCGCGAGCCGCCGAGUGAUCUGCAGGGCAAGUGCGGACGAGGGGUCGACCGCCGAGGAUGCGGCAAGGCCGUUGGAUGCCAACGCGUUGACUUCCACCGCCACGUUCGUGCCAGGUGUCCCCAAUGCACCUCACACCGUACCAAUGUCCUGUUAAAACGUGCGUCGUCGCGGCGCCUAGGAACCGCGACGGCAAGAUCUCCAUUCAGAGAAACGGGGACGACCUGGGCGGCCUUUGGGCUUGCCAGGCGAGGCAAAGCCCAUGUACGUACAAUGGAUCGGACAAGCCAUCGGAUCCAAGCGACCAGGCGGAGGCGAUCCCCAACGCCGACAUCGAUCGCCCUGCGUUGCCGUUCGCAACCCACAUUUGUUGGCCGAUGUCUCGACGGCAGACAGCCGCGUCGCACUGCUCCACUCCCACAAAUCCAUCGCAAUCGUGACGGGAUUGGGGAUGGAUUGCUUGAGCAAGUCCAGAAACAAGUCGAGUGGCGUGCGCUUUCAAUCGUUCCCAACCGAAGGAAACGCAUGACGUGGCCGAACGUCACCGGAUCCACGUCCAAGACGUGCGGGAUGGUCGAGUCGUGCCGCCGAUGCGAGCAGCUCGUGAAUACAACUACCUCUCAUAAUACAGCAACGUGCUCUUGGC